AUUAAUUGAAUAAAAAUAUAGUACGUUAUUUAAUUGCCGUUCGAAGUGCUUUCUCACUCAUCGAUAUUUCCGUUUUCUUUCAAUUGGCCAAUUUGGCCACUCUCUGAAAAAGCCUCCACCCUUCUUCUUCCUUUUCUUCUCCACUAAUAUUCUCUACGGUUCGUUUGUUUACCCGAACCGUACCCUACCACACUCUCUCUACCUCUGCGCUCGAUAAACUAACACCUGAAAAAACUUCACCAAACUCAUUCAUUUAUCAUCAAUUCGUUGCUGUCUUUUAAUUAACCAUUCCGUCUCACAGUUUUAGAGAUCGGAGAGGAGAAGAUCCAUGGCGCAUAGAGUGGAUCAUGAGUAUGAUUACUUGUUCAAGAUCGUUUUGAUCGGAGAUUCUGGUGUUGGAAAAUCUAACAUCCUUUCCAGGUUUACUCGAAACGAGUUUUGUUUGGAGUCCAAAUCUACUAUUGGAGUUGAAUUCGCCACCAGAACCCUUCAGGUAGAGGGAAAGACUGUAAAGGCACAGAUAUGGGACACAGCAGGUCAGGAACGGUACCGUGCUAUUACCAGUGCCUAUUAUAGAGGAGCUGUGGGUGCUCUCCUUGUAUAUGACAUAACUAAGAGGCAAACCUUUGACAAUGUCCAAAGGUGGCUGCGUGAAUUGAGGGACCAUGCAGAUUCUAACAUAGUGAUCAUGAUGGCUGGAAAUAAGUCUGAUUUGAACCAUCUUAGAGCUGUUUCAGAGGAUGAUGGCCAAGCAUUGGCUGAGAAGGAAGGUCUCUCUUUUCUUGAGACAUCUGCACUGGAAGCAACCAACAUUGAGAAGGCAUUCCAAACCAUAUUGACAGAGAUUUAUCAUAUUGUAAGCAAAAAAGCACUUGCAGCUCAGGAAGCAGCUUCUGGUACCUCAGUUCCUGGCCAAGGAACCACAAUCAAUGUUGCAGAUACCUCCGGCAUUACAAAGAGAGGGUGUUGUUCCACUUAAUGUGACAUUUUCAGUAAAAUCGUUGCUAGCAGAUAGUAUUUUUUCCCCCCCAAUUCUGUUUUUGCCCCUUCCUCUAUUUUAUUUUUCCUUCUUCUUUAUGGGUGAGAGACAAACAUGUAGAUUACAUUUACUUUGUUGAGUUGCUAUGAGGAAGCUUGUGAAAGUUUCAAAACUAUAGUGUUGCUAGUUUAUUUCGGUUAUCUCUUCCUUGAUGUGAUAAUUUCUUUUGAAUUGAUGUAAUAUUUGAACUGACAGAUAUUUGGUGAUAUAGCGUUUGAGAAUCUGACGUUUCAGAAAGUUCGUGUAAGAUUCAAAGCA